UCUUCACAAGUCCAGCGAUGGCAGAAAGCACAUCCAACGCAGACCUCUACGCCGCCUUACAAGGUAUCUGGGAUGAGGAUGAAGACGAAGAGUGGGAACCCCCGGAAUCCCCUCUUCCGUCGCCAGGACACAACAGGACAGCAUCAAGUCAUAAGAUGGAUGAAGAGGCCGUACGACUAGCGUUAACGCGAGUUAGGAGGAAGCUGGAGUCACCGCGGCCAGAACUACUUGCUUUACCCUUGGGAGCUGAGCUUCCUCCAGACUUACGUACAGAGAUAGAGUCAGUGAAUAAGAAAAUUAUGAAUAAGAAAGCGAAAGGCCUUCUAGGAAGGACAGUGGAACCAGAAACUCAAAGAGACAAAAAUCCCGAGGACAAGAAGUCUGUAAGGGAAGCUCGGGAAGGAAGCGGGGGGCCUCAACGAUCAUUACGUCCGCUUCCGUUCCAACAAGCUCGGGAAGCACGAGGGAGGACUAGAAGGUGGAGAACACCGGGAGCACCGAGUGGAUCACAAAUAGGAUUUCGGACACAACAACCCACUCCCGAAGCACAGGGGAGAGCUCGGGGAUGGAGGAGGCGGGAUACACCAAACCGCCCGGGUUCCUCAUCCCAAUAAGCUAAAGUCAACAUAAUAAUAAUAAUAAUAAUUAUAAUAAUACUAACAGGAGACCCUUCCUUGCAAGGAUCAGCGUCAUAUAAGAUCGCCCGGGAGCCUCCCCACGGCUCAAUAUCCGGACGAAGAAACUCUGUCUGCUUCGGAACACCGAAACGAAAAUUUUUCUUGUUCAAAAAAAAACAAAAAAAAAAACAAAAAAAACUAAGAACAAAUUUUUAUAUAUAU